AUCAUCGAGGUGGAAGGGUUGUCACUAGUUACCGCAGCCAGAAAGUCAAAAAUGCCAUUAAUCUUAAACAUUGAUGAAGAAAAUAAGCUUCUUAAACAUUGAUGAAGAAAAUAAGCUUUUUAAUCUUAAUUUAAGGUUACGUAUAAUGUUAGCAGCGUGGUUAGGGUUAAGAGUAAGGUUUAAAAUCAGAUUUUAAGAAGAGCGAUUGUAAAAAUAGGAGGGGUUUAGCCAUAAUUAUGACAUUGUGGCUUCGGUAACUAGUGACGACCAGGUGGAAGAGCAAAGUCUGAACCGAGAAGUUUAUAGUCUAAUAAUAGACCCUACAACAGCCCUUUCUGUCCGCGGACAGACUACUGGACACUAGUUAACGUACCAGACAGAGCUAUAGGUAUGGCGGCGGGGGAAGCACGAAAAGUCAUCAUCUACGGCGGGAAAGGAGCGCUAGGAGCCACUUGUGUACAAUACUUCAAGUCUAAAAACUGGUGGGUGGCGUGUAUUGACAUCAAUGCCAAUGAGGAGGCAAGCGCCAACAUCCUAGUCAAACCAACAGACUCCUUUACUGACCAGGCAGAACAGGUGACAGCAGAUGUGUUGUCAUUGCUAGGCGACCAGAAGGUGGAUGCCAUCCUGUGUGUGGCGGGAGGAUGGGCCGGGGGCAGCGCCAAGGCUAAAGCGCUAUAUAAGAACAGUGAUCUGAUGUGGAAGCAGAGUGUGUGGACGUCGACCAUUUCCAGUCACCUAGCAACCAGACACCUGAGAGAAGGGGGGCUGCUCACACUGUCUGGAGCCCAGGCUGCCCUGUCCGGAACCCCAGGUAUGUUGGGUUAUGGUAUGGCGAAGGCAGCGGUACACCAGCUGUGUCAGUCUCUAGCGGGAACCAACAGUGGCCUCCCCCCACAAGCUGCUGCUGUCACUAUACUACCCAUUACCUUGGAUACGCCUAUGAACAGGAAGUUCAUGCCCGACGCUGAUGUCACUUCAUGGACACCGCUGGAAUACGUGGCAGAAAUGUUCUAUGGCUGGUUGACAGGAGAGAACCGACCGGCCUCCGGAACUCUGCUGCAGCUGGUGACAUCACAGGGCCAGACACAGGCCACACCCCUGUAGAGGCGCACUCUUCCACGAUCUGCUCACUGUCCUCAAGUCCUGAAAUUACCAUAACACUACCUAAUACUGGGCGCGUUCAAGCAGAUCAAUUUUGUCUAGUCGGUCACUGCCUUUCAAAGUGUGUUGCAUUAUGGGGAUAAAAAUAGUCCGACGUGCCUAGACAUCGAUUGCAUGAACUUUACAAAGGUCAUGCAGUUUUUGAUUUAGUCGCUACAGGUACUUCUCACCAACUGCACCAUGCAGCCAUCACCUGCAUUGUGGGAGGCAUUAUUUGUGCUUCUACAUCUGCAUUGCUUGCUGUUUAGGGUUUUAGGCUGGGUUUCUGUAUGAGCACUUUGUGACAUCUGCUGAUGUAAAAAGGGCUUUAUAAAUUUGAGUUAACUAAUCAUUAGGGUGUUUUUGGUUGACCCGAGGGUCACCCGAGGGAAUGUGACCAAAGACGUGACUGAAACAGGAACCACCUUUGCCAUGAUUCUAAAGCUACAUGGAAUAAAAAUAAGUGAUAUUUAA